AUGAAAGCAUCACUUCUCCUCUUUUUCGGCAUCAAUGCAGUAGUCGCUGCGAAUCCUAUCCAUAAGUCAGAAGAGUCACCAAAGCCAGCACAAAUCGUGAAACUAUCCAUCGCCCUGCAGCCGCAAUCCCGCCAGCUCCUUGAGCAAACCCUUCACGAGCUCUCCAGUCCUUCUGGCUCACGUUAUGGACAGUAUCUUGAUCGCGAAGAAGCCAAAGGUUUGCUACGUCCUCGGCAAUCCUCUACUGAUGCCGUCAAGAGGUGGCUAUCUCAGGCUGGCAUCCGCAGUGGCCAUAUCUUGAGCGAUGGGCAGUUCAUUCAUGUUCAGACUGGCGUCGACAGACUCGAGGCCCUCUUGGAGGUCAGCGUAAAUGCGACACUUGGUUCGCAGACAAUUUCUCUCUCUUCUUUGCCUCAGAGAGUCCAGGAUCACGUAAUGACUGUUCAAUAUGCACCUGUACAUGAACGAGCAGCUUGUUCUACACCCAAGUCAAAUACGUCCUUAACUUCGGACACAGAACAGGAUCAUUUUGGCCAGUAUUUGACUAAAAUCCAUACCGACUGGGAGAGGUGCAAGACUGAAACCACACCAGCCUGUUUGAGAAAGUUGUACUAUGUCGAGAACUAUCAAGCAAGGCAUGAGGAAGGGAAUCUUCUCGGUGUGGCUGGCUUUGACGGUCAAGCUGUCCAAUAUCACGAAUUGGGCCAAUUUUUACACGAGUUUGCGCCUUAUUCCGCCACUGCCAACGUCUCCGUUGCGUUUGUGAAUGGAGGGACCAAUCCUCAGGGAACAACUUUCCCGUCGAGCGAGGCCAACCAAGAUAUGCAGUAUGCCGUUGCAAUGGCACACGAGAUACCAGUGCGGUUUUAUGCCACUGGUGGCGAGAAUCACGAUAUCAUUCCAGACUUGGAUUUAACUGAUCCUACCAACGAAUAUCUCGAACCAUAUCUCGAAUUCGCAAGCCACCUCCUCAGCCUCCCCGACGAGCACCUCCCCAGAGUAGUCUCCAUCUCCUACGGCGCCAACGAGCAGCUCUUCCCCAAGCCCUACGCCCAGCAAGUCUGCGACAUGUUCGGCCAGCUCGGCACCCGCGGCGUCUCCAUCAUCGUAUCCUCCGGCGACUUCGGCCCCGGAAUGUCCUGCCAGUCCAACGACGGCACCAAAGCGGCAAGAUUUAUUCCUUCGUUCCCGGCGACGUGUCCGUAUGUGACGAGCGUGGGGUCGACAGAGGGUAUUGGGCCCGAGAAGGCGGCGAAUUUCUCGGCGGGUGGGUUUUCAGACUACUUUAAGCGUCCGGAGUGGCAGGAUGAAGCUGUGGGGGAGUAUCUCGAAUUGUAUGGGAAUGAGUGGAAGGGGUAUUAUAAUGCUGGCGGGAGGGGGUUUCCUGAUGUGGCUGCGCAGGGAGUGAAUUAUCGCUUUUGGAAUCAUGGCAAGGAGGACUUGACGACGGGGACUAGCGUUUCUACGCCGGUAUUCGCUGCUCUCGUUGCGAUGCUCAACGACCAUCGAGCCGAAAGCGGGCUGCCUCGCAUGGGAUUCUUGAAUCCGUGGAUUUACAGCUUUGGCAACCGUGCAUUUACAGACAUCACCAAGUCCAAGUCCAUCGGAUGCCAAGGCCAAUCUCUUUCAGGCCUUGCAUCGCCUGUGAUUCCCAACGCCGGCUGGAGCGCUGUCAAGGGAUGGGAUCCGGUGACGGGAUGGGGAACGCCGCUGUUUGAUAGAAUGAUGAGCUUGUCUGGUGGAGAGGUCUAUGACGAGGAGAGUUGGUUGAAUGAAAGGUAG